UCCCGAUUUAUGGUUGUUUUAUUUGGGAAAACACCAUUUUAGUUUUAUCAUUUUAUGCUUUUUCACGCAGCAGUUUCACCGGUUUGGAUUAUGCAUUGCUGGAUCUCUGUCAAGGAGGUCAAAAUCAGUACGGGGGAUGGACGAGCAGAAAUCAAACUGCGAAGAAAAUGACUCAGCUGAUGACAAUGCCCCUUCAAAGCAACUUGUCUCCUCUGAGGAAGAGUCCAAAGCCCUUUCUGCUGCUGAGGGCGUGUCUGGUGCUACUGCAGCCUCGUCCAGCACUCCUUUCGAGAGCGUUCAAGCUUGUGCGCUUUGUAACUGUGUGGAGCGGAGCCUGCAUGGACAGCGGGAACUGAGACACUUUGGGCCGUCUUCUGAGCGGCCGACCCUCAAGCCAUCAGCUUCACAACUGCCACAGCCUGGAAAUGAUGACCUGUCUUCCAUUGGAUUUUCUGAUUCCCCUUGUCUGGCAUCACUCUUUGAGGACUCAGGGGGAUGUUUGGUUCAUUACUGGUGUGCGGUGUGGUCGGAGGGAGUAAGACGGAUGGAAAAUGAGGAGCUGGAGAACGUGGAUAAGGCCGUUAUCUCAGGGACACAGCGGCUUUGCGAAUACUGCAAAAGGCUGGGCGCAACCAUUCGAUGCCAUGCUGAGGGCUGCUCACGGUUCUACCACUUCCCAUGCUCGGCAGCCAGUGGGUCCUUCCAGUCUAUGAAGCAGUUGGUCCUCCUCUGUCCAGAGCACAUAGACAAGGCAGAAGAGUUGGCAGGUGAGGAGGCUUGGUGUGCAGUGUGUGACUCAGCGGGGGAGCUUAUAGACUUGCUGUUCUGUACGGGUUGUGGCCAACAUUAUCAUGCGGCCUGUCUGGAGAUUGGCGCCACGCCCAUUCAGCGGGCAGGAUGGCAGUGCCCGGAGUGUAAAGUGUGUCAGACUUGCAGACAACCAGGAGAAGACUCCAAAAUGUUAGUAUGCGAUGCCUGUGAUAAGGGCUACCAUACCUUCUGUCUCCAGCCACCCAUGGAUUCUCUUCCCUCUGACCCAUGGAAAUGCAGAAGGUGUCGUGUAUGUACAGAGUGUGGUGUCCGUGGACUGGUGCUUCCAGGUUCGGCCCAGUGGUUUGACAACUACACCGUGUGUGAAGGCUGCCAGCACCAUCGCAGCUCUAUGUGUGGUGUGUGCAGCAAAGCUGCCAACCCAUCUGUCCCUCUGCAGUGCUGCAGCAUAUGCCACAGGUGUGUGCACAGUGAGUGUGCUUUACCGGGGGAGCUUCCAGAAACCAAGUGCAUUUGCAGGCUUUGCAAGGAGGAUCAGCAGCAGCCUGUCACCCAACCAUACAUAACAGAGAUACAAACGAGAGAGGCUUCUGAGGAGACUGAAGGACACAUGGAUUUGAUGGAGAUGACAAUCCAAACGGAUGCACACAUGGUGACCGAAGCGCAAACAGACUUGUCAGAGGUGACACCAGGACAGAAAAGCACAUCAGAGAUGGGUCAGGCUGAGGCCACGACUGACCAAGAGACACCCAUGGACUUGGGGGUGGAGUCUUCAGUUGUUGAGACAACAGACGUUGGAGAGAAAAUCAUGGAGGAUGAGCUGCAGGUAGCAACAGAAAGAUUGACUUCUGAGGUGCCAGCUGCUCCACUUGAGUCCACAGAAUGUGCAACAAAAGAACAGAGAACCUCUUGUCUACCUGUUGAUGAAGAGAGAGCAGAAGAGGCAGUCACCCAGGUGACUCAAGCAACCCCUUCCCAGGACCACACAGCGGAGACACAGUCUGACCACCCUGAAGCAGAACCAACACCGGUGUCACAGCAGGGCCCUGAAAAUAUGGAGGAGGAGAAGCAGGAGGCCACUCCCUCAGUGGAACAAGAAGUAUCACCAGAGCCAUUGAAUAAUGGCUCUCAUGGCACAGAACUAUUCAUUAAGGAUCCACAGAAGUUACCAGCUUCUCCUCCCUCUGUGGACAAAACGGAGCAUUUUCCCUUGGAUAAUCGACAGGAAAGAAGUUCAUGCCAGGACCCCCAGUCUCCUUCUCCUCUUUCUUUAUCUGUAGACACACAAGAGGCCCUCUCUUCUAUGGAAAUGGAGGGGAGGUUACUACCUCACUCUGAGGAGGAGGAGGAUGAUGAUGAUGAUGAAGAAGAGUAUGAUGAGCAAAUGAAAGGAGAAGGACUUAAUGAGGACAUAAAGGAGGAACUGCAGGAGCAAGAGGUUAAGCGGGAAUUACUGCUGGACGAGAUGUCUAAUAUGAGCCAUGGAGAUGAGAGCAGCAGUGGCUUUCUGGGCUCUCCAGGAGAAGCAGAUCCUCAGCUCUCCAUGGAGUUUGGCCUUGUACCUGCUGGCCGCUCACACACCGAUAACCUGCUCACUGAGACUGAUGACUCGCUUCCCUUUGAACCCUUCAGAAGCGACAGAGAGAAGGCAAAACGCAGAGGAUCCCCAGGCCGCUCACGGGUCAAACAGGGGCGAAGCAAUAGUUUUCCUGGGAAGCGUAGACCUCGAGGGGGUGGUGGUGGAGGGAGAGGGCGUGGUGGGAGGUCACGCCUCAAAGCCAUGGCCUCCUGCAUUGAUGCUUUCUUGCUAAGCAUGGCCACAGACACUGGACUAAGUAAGGAGGAAGAAGAUGAGGAAGAUGACACCAUGCAGAACACAGUAGUUCUUUUCUCAAACACCGAUAAAUUUGUCCUGCUCCAGGAUAUGUGUGUUGUGUGUGGCAGUUUUGGAAAGGGUGCGGAGGGGCAGCUGUUGGCUUGUGCUCAGUGUGCCCAGUGUUACCAUCCUUACUGUGUGAACAGCAAAAUCACCAAGACGAUGCUCCGUAAAGGCUGGCGCUGUUUGGAAUGUAUUGUGUGUGAGAUGUGUGGAAAGGCUUCGGACCCCUCCCGUCUGCUGCUGUGUGAUGACUGUGAUGUCAGCUAUCACACCUACUGCUUGGACCCGCCCCUGCACAAUGUUCCCAAGGGUGGUUGGAAGUGCAAAUGGUGUGUGUGCUGUGUGCAGUGUGGUUCUAACUCCCCGGGUUUCCACUGCGAGUGGCAGAACAACUACACCCACUGUGGCCCCUGUGCCAGCCUCGUCACUUGUCCAGUAUGCAGAGAGAACUUCAUGGAGGAGGAGCUCCUGCUGCAGUGUCAGUACUGCGAUCGAUGGGUCCAUGCUGUCUGUGAGAGUCUGUACACAGAGGAUGAGGUGGAACAAGCUUCUGAUGAGGGCUUUGCAUGCACAUCCUGCACUGCAUAUGUUCCAAAACCUGUGGUAGUAGAGUCAGCCAUUAUGGCUUCAAUAAAGAUCAAAGAGCCAGAACCCCAGUUCUACCGGUUGGAGGGUGUGUGGCUGACGGAGUCGGGUAUGUCCCUGCUUCGCAGCAUCUCCAUGUCUCCCCUGCACAAGAGACGGCAGCGUCGCUCCCGUCUCGGCACUCUGUGUUGUGAAGGAGGUCCUGACGGAAUGGAUCUGAGGGAGGUCGAAGAAGGGGAGGAUGGAAAAGGCUGUGGGGAGCCCAUGGAAUGUGAUUCCAAGAUGGAGAACCCAGGGAGCCCUGACAGAGAAGGUGGUGCAGAGGGAGGUACUGAAGGCAUGGCUGACUGCGAGGGUCUCAAAGGAGGAGCAGAGGAGACAGAGGAUAGCAAAAAAAGAAAACGGAAACCUUACAGGCCUGGAAUUGGAGGUUUCAUGGUGCGACAAAGGAAGUGUCACACACGGAUGAAGAAAGAAUUUUUUGCCCAGCUGGCUGGAGAGACUACGUUAGAUGGACAGCCAAUAGAGCGAACCAUUGACGAAGAUAACAUAAUGGAUCCUAAACCAGUGGAGGGCGAGGAACAGGCCAAGAAACGUCGGGGACGGAAGAAGAGCAAACUUGAAGACAUGUUUCCAGCUUAUCUCCAGGAGGCUUUCUUUGGGAAGACGCUAAUAGACUUGAGUAAGAAAGCUGUGAUGACACCCCCAGGGCAGAGGCCAGGCGCAUGCCUUGUCCGACCUUCAUUACCAGCUCCAUCAGGGGUCAAAACUACUGCCCCAGAGACUGAGGAUCGUGUGGUGAAAGAUAAUUUUCCUCUCAAGCAAGAGGGGGGUGAGGCCCCCCAGGCUCAGGGAGAAGCAGGGGUUUCUGCACCAUCCUCAUCGCUGAGGGACCAGGCGUCAACUGAUCCUCAUGACUCUGAUGCAGAAAAAAGUGAAGGUCUUCCGCAAGGGGUGGAGAGUCAAGACUCUGAGCAGUUCUUCAGAAAGGUUCUGGGAGUGUCAGACGGCUCCUCUUUGGGGGGCAUGAAGCCCAUCUUGGAGGGCAGUAAGGGAGAACUCAAUCGUAGCACUCUGCCGCAGAGAGCUCUCCUCUCAGGUACAAUAACCUCUCAUAUGGUGUACAGGGACCGAGGAGGACUGUUCAGUCCAGAAGGGGGUGAGGAAAGCCCCUGGGCAACUCCCUCCACCCCAGCAACCCCCUCCUCCCCACCGACCCCCACUGAGGCAGAAGGCGAUGGGCUGUCCUACAACCAGCGCAGUCUCCAGCGCUGGGAGAAAGAUGAGGAGCUGGGAGAACUCUCAACCAUUUCCCCUGUGCUUUAUGCCAAUACCAACUUUCCAACUCUCAAACAGGACUACCCAGACUGGGCUAGUCGCUGUAAGCAAAUCAUGAAGGUCUGGAGGAAGGUGUCCGCUGCUGAUAAGGUUCCAUACCUGCAAAAGGCCAAAGAUAACCGAGCAGCUCAGCGGAUCAACAAGGCGCAGAAGCAGGCAGAAAGUCAGGUGUGCAGGCCAGUCAAGACAGAGGGAGUGCGUGUGAAGACCGAACGGCCCAGUUUACACCUCCAGAUCCCUCCACCUUCAGGCUCUACGUCAAUCUCUUCCCAGCCCAGCUCUGCAGAAAGCCCAUUUCCCUUCCCUCCAGAUUCAGGAUCAUCCUCUGUCUUUUUCUCAGAUGGACCUGUUAAGACACCGGGAUCAGCUGAAAUCCGGACAGAUCCCUUGGCCAUGCUUCCUCCUCAAUCUCCCCAUUCUCACUCUCACCCAAACACACCCUUCUCCCAUGCUGGGGCCAGCCCCUUACAGGCCUCUUCCUCAGGUUAUUCCGCUUCCGGCCCACAGGGUCCUCCUCAGGGACGGCCAGCCAGUCUUGGCCCCUUUGACAUGCAACCAGGAACUCCUGGAACCCCCAGACGGGCUCAGCAGGUUGACCCCUACUUCAGAUCACAGCUGCAGCAGCAACAGGGUCAUCAAUCACAGCAAGGCUCUCAGGAGUCCCUAGGUCCUCCAGAAAGUCCUCAUUCAAGAGGCGCAGGGCUUGGGGAGUCGCCCAUCUUCUCGCCACCCCACAAUACCCACUAUGGAGACCCUUACAGAACCCAGCAAGGGAUGGGACGGCCAGAGUAUGGUUUAUCCCCAUCACCCUCUGCAGUAGCUUCCUCCCCAGCAAGCACAGGACAGUACAGGGCUGAAAUGAGUGCACCUUCUCCACGCUCCUCUGCAGUUGGAAGACCUGAUCUAUCCACCGGCUCUCCUGCUGGGAUGCUGGAGUCUGGAGAUGGAUUAUUCAAGGCACCUAUGACACCACGAAUGCACCAAGGGGAUGGUGGGGCACUUCAUCCUGGAGCUUCCCCUAGCCACCACUCUGAAGGCUACAGGCAGUCUCCCUCCCACCCUUUCUCUGACCCCCAUGGUCAGCCACCACUGACUCCCAGACCGCAGUCAGGUGACAAUUGUUCUCUUGGACCCCAGAGACACCCUGUAGCUCAACAGGAACUAUGCCCUAGAGUGCCCUCCAGCCCACAGUCCCAGGGCAGCUCUCAGUCUCCCCACACUCCUGGUUGCCUCUCCAAUGAUGCUUACUCUGUCCAUUCUCCUGCCACGCCUCGUUUCCAAUCCCCAGACCCUUGUUCUCAGCCACCUUCAAGGCCACAAUCUAGAGACCCUUUUGCUACUAUCCACAAACCCCCUCGCCCCCCUUCGGUUGCCCCAGAGGGAACUGCAAGUUACAAAAGCUCACCUCAUCCUAAUCAGCCACUUCCAUCCCAUCCCACCAACAGUUCCAUAGGGGAUCCUCUCUCUGGUAAACCGUCAGCACCUCCUACCUUCAGCUGCAGUCCUAGCACGGGAGGCUUCCAAAUAACCCAACAGCAGAAUCAGAUGUUACAGGGUCAUCUUCAGCAACAACCGCCACAAACUCAGCAGACUAUCGGGGCAGACAGCUUCAGCUCCAGGGUGCCAGCUCUUUCUGGAUCUCAAGAACUACCAGCUGUCCGCCCACCAGACACACCUCUUCAGCCAGCUUUACCAGGCGCUCAAGAAAUGCCUGAUAUUUCAGCAGUGCAGGACCCUGCAUUAGUUGGCCUUAGCCCCUCUGAGCUAGAGAAGCACCGACAGCGACUGAGACUGAGGGAAUUCUUAAUCAGACAACAAAUGCAGAGAAAUUCCAUUAGACAAGAGAAGGAGGCUGCUGCUGCUGCUGGCAGUGCAUCCCCUGGCUGGUCUGGAGGAGAGAUGGGAGCCUUUCAACAAGACAAGGCCCACAGAGCACCACCACCUUAUCCACAGGAUCGUGUUGCUGCAACUACUGCUGGACCCCAGGCUUCUGUUGCAGGGAAGAUGCCCAUGGCUGUUGGAGGUAUGGAGGACAAGCUCAUUCGCCCACCACCUGCAGGAACUCCUGCCAUUAUGGAUCCUAGUGCACUAAGGCCACAAGGGCCCACCAGACCUCAGGGCAUGUUUGCCCGUCCACCCUUCCCUCCUCAGUGGCAAGGCCAGGCUCCAGGUCCAAGGAGGUUUCCCCAGCCUGGCAUGGAGGCCUUGGGCUUAAGGCCCAAUCUUAACCCUGCUGUCAACAUCCAGGGUAUGGAAGGCAUGGGUAACCCUCAUGCCAUGAUACCAGGAAAUGGAGGAGAGACCAUGCAGCCAAUGGGUCAAGGACCCCCACCACAAUUCAUUGAAUUGAGACACAACUCACAGAGGCUACCCCUACGACCUCAGUUUAUGCCCCGUGGACCCCAGCCCAGACAACGUCUCUUUGUCCCACAGCAAGAGAUGGCAGCACCUUAUGUUCAACAACAUCCCAUAGCUCAAGCUGGUGGAAUUCAAACAGAGGGGGGCAGCAACUCACAGCUAGGGUUACAGCAGGGUGGACUAUCGGUUUUACUGCCUCAGCAGUCAACGGGGCCAGUAAGACAACAGCCCCAUCUGCAGCCCCAGGCAGCUUCUUCCACUCCAAACAUUCCUAGCAGUGAGCAGCAUCAGCUUCGACAACCAAGCCUAGUCUCACAGUCCCAGCCUGCCACUGCAGAAAAUAGUGAGGAACUGCCAGAGCCUGACCUUGAGGAGCUUGGGGAUGCCCCAGGGGAUGGAGGUGUGGAAGAUGAGGACGAUUUGGCUUUAGACUUGGACCCUGACAAAGGAGAUGAUGACUUGGGCAACUUGGACAACCUUGAAACCAAUGAUCCACAUCUAGACGACUUGCUCAACAGUGAUGAGUUUGACCUGCUGGCUUACACCGACCCUGAACUGGACCAAGGAGACCCUAAAGAUGUCUUCUCAGACCAGCUGCGGUUGGUGGAAGCAGAAAGUGAAGCACCUUCAUCUUCCUCCGGAUCUGCGAUUGUUAAAGUGGAAGGAAAAGCCAAGCUGGAGCCAGGACAGAAGUCUCUCACAACAGCCCCUGCCAGUGCAAGGGGGUCUGCUACCCAACUGCUACCCUCUGCACAAACUGUUGACCCCUCCAAGGUCAAAGUAGAGGACAGAGGUCUGACUCAGCUGCAUCCAGGACAGACUGUGGUGAAAGAUGAAAUCGGAGAGGCUGUGUCAAUGCUUCUUGGUGGGACCACACCAUCAGCCAAGCCUGCACAACCAGAAAACCAGUCAGCUUCACUUAGUUCUGUUCGAUUAGGGGGACUUCCCUACCCCCUGCCAGGUCAAGCUGAUGAAUUGCCUUUUCCUCCAGCUGCUCCACAUGCAGAUAUUGGUGAGGAUCCGCUGGGGCUGCCUGAUGUAGGGGGACAGCACUCCCCUGCUGUAGAUUUAGCAAAGGUAGAGAGCUCUUUAGAUGGUGAACUGCCCCUUCUAAUACAGGAUCUGCUGGAGCAUGAGAAGAAGGAACUACAGAAGCAGCAACAGCAGCAACAACAGCUCAGUUCCCUCCACCAGGCAGGCAUGACACCUAAUUUUCCUGGCCUCUCAGGUCAACAGCCGAAUCCACAGGCACCUGGACAGAUAAUGCUGCCAAACCACCAUCGUCCACCACCCCAAGGAAUGAUGGCUCAGCCAGGGAUGGUACACCGUGCUCCACACAUGUUGCAACAGCAGCAGCAGCAGCAAAGGCUUAUGGGAACUGGAAUGGCACCUCCACCUCACAUGAACAUGGCCCAGCAGCAAGCCAUGGUUAGGAUGGGGCAGCCAGGGAUCCAUACAGGUGUCAGUCAUCCACCGCAGCCAGUUGCGAAACCACCUCUGGCCAACAACUUCUUCCCCGAUAAAGAUUUAGACAAAUUUGCUACUGAUGACAUCCUGGAUCCCAUUGCCAAGGCAAAGAUGGUGGCACUUAAGGGUAUCAAGAGAGUGUUGGCCCAGGAUCCAAUGGCUGUUCCCUCUGGCAUUAACAGGCAACAAGUUUCUUUGCUUGCUCAGAGGCUGGCCUCGGCACCAGGCACAGAUCCAGCUCAACUUACAUCUGGACCUCCAAAGGAGGGAGAAACGAGUGAUCCUAACCAGUCGAGACCUAACCCUCCCCAGUUUGUGCAAGGAAUCAUUAAUGAUGCAGAACAGCACCAGUAUGAAGAAUGGCUUCUUCACACCCAGCAGUUACUCCAAAUGCAGUUGAAAUUUUUGGAGGAACAGAUUGGAGUUCACCGCAAAUCACGCAAGGCACUGUGUGCUAAGCAACGCACUGCUAAGAAAGCUGGCAGGGAGUUUGCUGAGGCAGAUGCAGAAAAACUAAAGUUGGUUACAGAAGAACAGAGCAAAAUUCAGAAACAGCUUGACCAGGUACGCAAGCAGCAGAAGGAGCACACCAAUCUCAUUGCAGAGUACAGAAGCAAGCAGCAGCAACAUCAGCAAAGCUCAGGUAUUCUUACCCCAGGUCAUUCUGCACAGGGGGCCCCCCCUCACAUGUUUUCCAAGAUGCCUGGCCAGAUGAUAAUGGGCCAACAGGGAACACCAGUAAUGGGCCAGCACCCUGGUGUGAUACCCCAAGGUGGAAUGCCUGUCAGGAUGCCCCAAGGGCAGCCCUUUAUUGGUGGAGCCCAACCCCAACUUCCUCCAGCUCUCGGAGCCAGUGGUGCCAGUGGUGUCAGGGCCCCAGGUCCUCCUGGGGCUCCAACUGGAUUCUUCCCACAGGGGCCUGCAAUGCAAGGUGCAGAUCCCAGGCUUCUCCAAGAAAGACAACUCCAACAUAGGAUGCAGAUGGCAAAACUCCAGCAGCAGCAGCAGGUAAUGAUGGGCCAGCAACCGAUGCCACACCCAAAUAAACAGUCUGGCUUAAUUGCUCAGCCACCGACCGGUAUGAUGGGAAACCCACUGAUGGCCCAACAACAAGCAAACACUCAACAGGGAAUGCUAGGCAACCAGGCCAGUCCGCAGAGCAUGGUGCAGGUUCCACAAGGAAUGGUUGGAGUCCAGUCUGUGGCUCCACUGCCACAGAACCUUGUAGGAGGUCAGCCUAUUAACCAUGCUCAAGCCAUGAUGGCAGUUCAACCAGGGAUUAUGGGGAACACGCCAGUUGCAUCAUCACAGCAACAGAGGCCUCAGCUGAUGAUGGGUCAGCAGGGAAUGAUUGGCUCUCCAGGUCAUCCAGGCCUCAGGGGCCCCCAUUCCCAAUUGACUCCACAACAACAGAACAUUCUGGCCCAACGCAUGCUUGCAUCUCAGCAGCAGCAGCAGCAGCAGCAAAAUGUUGCAAAGAAUUUGGCCCACCUUCAGCAGCAGCAGAUGGCACAGCAAAGACAACAAACGCAGUUGAUGAGUCAAAACAGCCAAGAGCAGGGAGUGCUCUCCCAACCCUCUACCCCACAGAUGGGCUCCUCGCCUUCAGCAGGAAGUAUAACGCCACAGGGAGCUACAGACAACCAAAACUCAGGCCCUAGAGAGGGUGGGAUCCUCAGCCCUGAUUCAAGAACGCCACCUCAACAGAGUGGACCCUCCACUCCCAAUCAGAUGUCCCAACUAGGCUCUGCAAAUGAUCAUCAAACUGAUUUGGGACGACAGCAAUUACAACAGCAGCAGCAUCAAAACCAGAUUUUUAUGGCCCAGCAGCAACAAUCAAAUCCUCAGUCUGUACCUGAGCAACAAAUGGGUUUGGUUGGAAACCAACAAACUGGUGUGCUUCAGCAACAACUUCCACUUAGUCUUCAGAGGCAAGGUUCCCUCAGUGUUGACAAGCCCAUUUUGAUGACUGUUAAAGAGGAAGGGAAACCAAUUGAUUUCUUAGCUCAGCAGCAACAACAGCAAACAGUUCAAAAUGCCAUGCAGCAGUCACAAGAUUCCAACAUCCAGCAGCAGAUCAUAGUCCAGAACCAUCCUGGCCAGCCACCGUCUGUUGUGAUGGGCCAUAGUCCACAACAUCAAGCCCUCAUGGCCCAGCAGCAAAAACAACAGGCCAUGAUGGGCAUGAUGAGAGCCCAGCAACAAGGGAUGAUGGCACAGAGGCCUGUGGUUCCUCCUGGACAGAUCCGCACCCCUAUCAACAUCCAGGCUAUUAUUGCUCAGAAUCCUCAGCUCCGCAAUCUUCCCCCAAACCAGCAGAUACAGCACAUUCAGGCCAUGAUUACCCAGAGGCAGCUCCAACAAGGACAGAUGCUGCGGAUGUCAAUGGGUCAAGGCCAGCAAAGUCAGUUGAGGCCUCACAUGCCACCAGGACAGAUGCCACAGGUUGUGCAGCAGAUGCCAUAUGGAUCCAUGGGGAAGCCAGGAGCAGUGGGCACUCAGCAAUCAGGCAUGUUGGGCCAACAACCUUGUGUUGCUCCCCAGAUGCAGCAGGGCAUGAUAGUCCCUGGGCAACAACAGCCACAAGUAGGAGAGAUGAUGCAGCAACAUAUUAUGAGAGGCCAGGUACCAGUGCCACCUGCACCCAUGGACCAGGGCCGAAUGGUUAGGCCAACAUCUCCACGUCAGCCAAUAGCCAACUCUCCUGGGCACGCUUUUAAUCAAGCUAUGGGGAUGCGUCCACCUACUCCCAACCAGAACCAACAAGCACUAUUGGCAGCUGCGGCAGCCCGCAUGCAGGGUUCUCCAUCUCAUGCAUAUUCUCCAAGGGGUCCCUUUGGCAUGAGCCCAGCCCACCCGGCCUCACCUCAUUCAUCCAGUGUCUCUUCACCUUCUGUAGCUGACAGUAGGGCUGGAAGGGGGAGUCCGUACAGUCAUGUCAAGGCCUCUCCACUCAGGUCACCUGGAGCCAAAAGUCCGCUUGAUUGUCCAGGACUGAAAAUAGAAGCUCUGUCAUCAGGCAAUGAAACAUCUCAUUCUGCCUCUGUUAUUCCCAAUGGUCCACAGAAAGGCAUGAAUGUUCAGCAACAGUCGCAGCAGGGCACAGAGACCCAUGGUUCUCACACACAACAUGGCUCUAGAGUAGGGGAACUAUGCAAGAUAACUCUACAGAACAUUAAACAGGAACCAAGAGAGGUUCAGUGUGAUGGUGCACCAGAGGCUCAUCCUGGGGCUAUAAAGCGAGAAACAAUGGGUGAGGCAAUUUCUUCUGGGAACAACACUAGCUUUAUUAAUACUGGAAACAUGGCUGGAGACCCUGGGACUCAAGGCCCUCGAUCUGAGACUGGUCAGCAACUACUACAGAAACUUCUGAGAACCAAGAACCUUCAGCUUGGUGCUCAGAGGCCUUCUGAAGGCAUCCACAAUGAGAUAAAUGGCCACAUCAACAGCAAACUAGCAAUGCUGGAACAAAAACUCCAAGGGACUCCACGAAAUAUGGAGGAUUUACAGUCUAUAACAAAAAGGGCUCCUGCACAAAAGCCAAAGCGCACUAAUAAGGCAACUGGAGACCGAGGGCCUAAUGCACGGAAGAAGAAUAAGAAGGAAGAAGUCGGAAAAAGUGCUGAAGCCCUGAUUAAGCAACUUAAACAGGGUCUCUCUCUGUUGCCCCUGAUGGAGCCUUCAAUCACUGCCAGUUUGGAUCUGUUUGCCCCUUUUGGAAGCAGCCCAGCCAAUGGCAAAGCCCAGCUCAAAGGAUCUUUUGGAAAUGCAGUGCUGGAGAAUAUCCCAGACUACUAUUCUCAGUUACUCACAAAGAGUAACCUCAGCAACCCACCAACACCCCCAUCUUCCCUGCCACCUACUCCUCCACCUUCAGUACAGCACAAGCUGUUGAAUGGAGUGACUACUGUGGAGGAGCUUUCUGAGGGUCAGAAAGACACAGAGCCAGCAGAAGAGCGAAUGGAUUCUGUUAAAGAGGAGGUGAAGAGUGUAGACAUUCUAGCAGCUCUCCCCACCCCACCACAUAACCAGAAUGAGGACAUCAGGAUGGAGAGUGAUGACGAGGAUGCCCCAGAAAGCAUCAUCCCGGCAUCAUCCCCUGAGAGUAACGUAGGAGAUGAAACGCCACGUUUCCCUCACCUACGGGAGCCUAAAGAGGAGGAGACGGAGAGAGCAAUAUCCCCCAUCAUCCCCCUCAUACCCCGUACUGCCAUCCCAGCAUUCCCAGAAAACAAACCAUUUGAGGCAGCAGAUAGCAAGGUGGUUUCCACAACUAACCAUUGGGACCAGGCCAAGAACAACGAAGUGUCUGUUACCUUCACAUUGUUUUUUCAUGCACAGUUAAAACAAAGUGACUUUUUUUUUCUCCAGAAACUGAACCAUGUCAUGAUGGCCAUGGCCCAGCUGCUUAAUAUUAGGAUGCCAGGUUCUUAUGAGGUGACCUUCCCUCCCCAAAACCCUGACAUGCCUGGAGUGGACGGGCCUGGGAAAGGACCUGACCAGUCAGGGGCUCUGUGUACAAAAGACAGUGCUUCACCCAGUCAGGAUGAGUGGCUAAGGCAAUUUGACGUGUCUCUACCAGGCUGUACAUUAAAGAAACAAGUGGACAUUCUAGCACUUAUUAAACAGGAAUUCUCAGAAAGAGAAGACAAACCGGCCCAGCACUGUUACACAACCAAAGUAAAUGACUUAGAUGUACGCCACCUUCCUCCUAUACCAGUGGAAGAAUCUCCACCCCCAUCACCAUCCCCUCCACAUCCUCCCCCACCUGUCCCAGUUCCAACUAGUGAAGCUGAACCUUCCAAAAAAUCUGCUUCUCCAUCCCCUCCUCCCUCCACUCCCACCAUAGUCCAGAUCAAGACUGAGCCGGAACAGGAUGAUGGUCCUCCUAUUGAUGCUGCUCAACCAACUGAUAUCAAAGAGUCUGAAGUUGCUGCUCAACCAGCUGAAGUCACAGAGUCUGAAGUUGCUGCUCCAGAGUCGGUCACUGAUCCAGUAACUGCCUCUGCAGUUCCACAUCCCACUGUUCCUACUGAAGAUCAUCUGAUUACUGCUAUCAAGGAGGAGUACUUGGCCACUGAUCAAGCUCAACCUCCUCAAGAUUCUCCCAACAAUAUGGAGUCUUCCCCUAAGGCUGUCAAGCAGCGCAGGCCUCUCUCCCCUAAUGAGGAGGUGGUACAUCCCAAAGUGAAAAAAUGGAAGGGGAUUCGCUGGAAGCGCCUUCAGAUUGUCAUCACAAUACGUAAGGGUGGGUCUAAGAAAGAGAGCAGCCGCGAAGUGUCUGAGCUAAUGGAACGCCUGCGCAUUACUCUUCGACCAGACCGACUGCCUCGUGAUAAACGUAAAUGCUGCUUCUGCCAUGAGGAAGGUGAUGGAGCCACAGAUGGGCCUGCCCGGUUGCUGAACAUUGAUGUGGACUUGUGGGUGCACCUCAACUGCGCCCUGUGGUCCACAGAGGUGUAUGAGACACAGGGGGGUGCCCUCAUCAAUGUGGAGGUAGCCCUGCGUCGGGGAUUGCGGACUCUUUGUGCAUCCUGCCAGAAAACGGGUGCUACAAACAGCUGCAACAGAAUGCGCUGCCCGAAUGUCUACCACUUCGCCUGUGCCAUCCGGGCACGCUGCAUGUUCUUUAAGGACAAGACCAUGUUGUGCACCCAGCAUAAGCUGAAGGGCCCUAGUGAAGACGAACUCAGCAUGUUUGCUGUUUUACGGCGCGUCUACAUUGAGCGUGAUGAGGUAAAGCAGAUUGCCAGCAUCUUACAGCGAGGUGACCGUAUCCACCUGUUCCGUGUUGGAGGUCUCAUCUUUCAUGCUGUUGGCCAGUUGCUGCCAUCCCAGAUGGCCAACUUCCACUCACCCACUGCCAUCUUCCCUGUUGGCUAUGAGGCCACACGCAUCUACUGGAGCACGCGUGUGCCCAACAAGCGCUGUCGCUACCGCUGCCGCAUCAACGAGGAUGACGGUCGGCCCCUCUUCGAGGUGCGUGUUCUGGAGCAUGGCAUGGAGGAUUUGCAGUACCGUGAAACUACUCCAGAGGGGAUCUGGGAACGGGUGGUCCAGCAGGUGGCUAAAAUCCGAGAGGAGUCAUCCAUGUUGAAGCUGUUCACUGAACAUGUCAAGGGAGAGGAGAUGUAUGGCCUCACAGUUCAUGCUGUCAUGAGAAUCACUGAGUCGUUGCCUGGAGUGGAGAACUGCCAGAACUACCAGUUCCGAUAUGGCCGUCACCCUCUGAUGGAGCUCCCUCUUAUGAUCAAUCCCACUGGCUCUGCUCGGUCUGAGCCCAAAGUCCCCACACAGUGCAAGAGGCCUCACACUCUAAAUAGCACCAGCGUGUCAAAGGCCUACCAGAGUACCUUCACUGGAGAGCUCAACACACCAUACAGCAAGCAGUUUGUUCACUCCAAGUCGUCCCAGUAUCGGCGCCUGAAGACUGAGUGGAAGAACAACGUGUAUCUGGCACGAUCCCGCAUUCAGGGCCUGGGUUUGUACGCUGCGAAGGAUCUGGAGAAGCACACAAUGGUCAUUGAGUACAUUGGCACUGUCAUACGCAACGAAGUGGCCAAUCGGCGUGAGAAGGUCUACGAGGAACAGAACCGCGGGAUCUACAUGUUCCGCAUCAACAAUGAGCAGGUGAUAGAUGCCACUCUGACAGGAGGCCCAGCUCGCUAUGUCAACCAUUCCUGUGCCCCGAACUGUGUUGCAGAAGUUGUAACAUUUGACAAAGAAGACAAGAUUAUCAUCAUUUCCAGCCGCAGGAUCCCCAAGGGAGAAGAGCUGACCUACGACUACCAGUUUGAUUUCGAGGACGAUCAGCACAAAAUCCCUUGCCAUUGUGGAGCCUGGAAUUGCCGAAAGUGGAUGAACUAACCAGAAGAAAGAAAAAUGGAGAAUUCCCCUCUCAAUGGUGCCAGACUCCUGCGCCAAAGCCUUUGAAUCCUACAUAGCCAGUGCAUAAGCUGUUGAGAAAGAUGAGGAGGAAAGCUGCCCUCCUCCAUUGAAAGACUAAAGCGUUGACACCUGUAGCCAAAGGUUUGAAGAGCAUUAAUCAAUAAAAGCAACCGACCACCUCCAUCAACAGCAGUUUGAUGGUGGGACUAACUUUCAUGUUUGGACUAGUGAAACCUUUUCCUCAAAAAAAACCUUAUUCCCUCCCCCCCCCCCGCGGCUGUCAAUAUUCUUACAGUGGCUGGAAAACAAUCCUCAACAUCUACCAAAUGAUUCUGACCCUCUGAUAUCAAUACUCGUAGUGCAGAGCUCACCUUGAGCUUCGACAAAAAGCCAUUUUAAAAUGCUAAGAAUGAACUAAUGAUGCAUUUUUAUGUUUUAAGUCGGACCUAUUUCCUGUCCCUCCUGACCACACCUCCCCCCCCCCCUCACCUCCCAGAAAAGGCACUUUCCCAUCAAGUCAUCAAUGAAGACAACACGGAUAUUGGCUAGCUAGACAAUCUUGAUGUGGCUCUGUGUUAAGAGCUACAUAUGAUCGAUGGGGGGGGGGGGGAGAUGUAAGUUAAUAUAAAAUUUGAGAUGCUAUUGAUGUGUGGCUCCAGAGGCACCAGAUGUUCUGACUGUGUGGAGUCCCAAGGUGGGUUAGUCGGACCCAGUCUACCUCAUUGAUUUAGCGGGAAGUGACUGCUUUGUAUAAAAACUUUUAACUGCUACUGUGGAAGGGGGGGAGGGGGAAUGUUUUUAUGGGCUUAGCCUUCUCGGACAAGCAGGGAAUAUUAAGCAGCAGGUUUGCUCUAUCUACUCUAUGCUGAUGAUUUACAAUAAUGAGCCAACAUAAUUAUUAUUCAUUAAUUGUUUAUACAGAGGAAAUAUAUGACAGUUUUGAUAAGAUAUUGCAUUAAAAUCACAAUCAGAAGCUUAGCGGGUGUCUUGUAUGCCACCAAAUCCUCCUGGACAUUGAUGUAGCUUUGUUUUUGUUCCUUUUUAUUUAUGCUACUCAAAAAGCAAGUUAUCAGCUGUGUGAAAGCACAAAACCAUCCACCUUUGAGUUGCUUAAAGACCGUAAUGGUGUGAGUGAAUGGCUCCAGGAUCAGAGAACACGCAGUCUUUUGAAGAAGACUUUGCUGUCCAAAAUAACCAAGUACACAUUUGCUUGUUGCUUCACACAUUAAAGUUCCACUUGCUGAAAGUCAGCCUGUGGAUGCAUGACUACUGUCCCAUUAAAUGCUUUUUAUUUUUUAUUUUUUUCCCCCCCUUACAAAUCAAUCUUUUCACAACUCAACCUUAAACUUUAAAUCAUGCCUCUUGCUCUCUGUAUUAUUUAGUGGACUGUUGUUAAACUUUACUGUAGUAAGUAUUCCUCUGCCUGAGUACAGCCUGCAGUGUUUCUACUUCCCCUGUAGUGUGCUUUUCUAGUGCUGGUACUGUCCUCUCAAGGCUGAACUGAUGGCAGGGAAAGACUUAUUGGAAAAAAGGGCAUUUGUUUUCAUUUCUAUGUAAGAUGAAAGAAAAAAAAGUCUUUAAAGGGAGCUUUACUAAAACUCCACCUUUCCAUACUACUUUGUUCCCCCCUCCCCCUAACCUAAGACCUCACAUGAUUUAAAAAUGCAAAGUUGUACAAACUGUAUAUAGUAUAUGCAUUAGGGGACAGCAACUCUUUAUCCAGCCCCUUUGUAAUCAAUAAAGUCAAAUGUGUAGAGAAAUAAAAUUGAAAAAAAAUUCAACCACUGGAUAUCAUUUUAACAGAGAUAAAGCUGUAUAUAAAUAUAAAUAUAUGUAAAAUGGCAAACUAAUAUCUUUAUGUAUAUGAACCAGAGUGUUUUGCAUUUACCUGUUUUUCUAUUAGUGUUUUUGCUAUAAGCUCUCAGAGACAAGUUUGUUAAAGAAAUGUCUGGUCUUCUCCAAUCAGCUGCGACGAGAAGCCGAUGUAAUUACAUAACUGUUUGGAUUCACGUGGAGGGUCGUAAAUUAGACAUGAAAAUCACUUAUUGCGUAAAGCAGUACAAUGGUGCAUAGCAUUUGUAUUUAUGUAAUAUUGUUCGUGUUUAUUUUUCUUUUUAUUUAUGCUACUGCUUGUUGAUUACCAAAACCUGUCCCUUAAACUGUCACAAUUGGAUUAAUAUACUCUUGAAUGGAAAAUCUUGAAUUCCCUUGGAUAUUGUUAGUGUUUUGCUUUUUUAUAUCUUCCCUAUAGAAGUGAAUGUGUUGGUAAACCUUGUGAAAUGGUUCCUUGGCCUAAUGUAUGUUAUGAUGUAAUACUCAAAGUUAAUCCCAUACUUAACCUGGUAAUGAAUUGCACUCUCAUAGUAUAAUGGAAAACUUCUCUAAAGUGGUAGAUAUUGAUCAAGUAUCAAGCAGUGAUAUAUAUAUUUUUUGGUAUGUUUCUAUUUCAAGGGAAGACCAUGACAAGACAUGACGCUCACUGGAUUUUAGCCUGAAUAAUUUUUAACUUCUCUGAAUCUUAAUUUAAGUUCUCUGCAUAUCUUAUAAUUUAAUAAAGUUUGCUCAAAUUGAAGGUUUUUUUUAACCUCACCUACUUUUUAAAAAGAUGUUGCAUCUGUACAGCAGAGAUACUUUUAGGGAAUAUGAAUAAAUAUAAUGAUCAUUUUUAUUGUAUGUGGCAUGUUUUGUAUGGAUAUUAUUUUGAAUUGUACAUAUUUUUUUCAGGAAGCCAGAGGUUGCAUCUCUUUAUAUACAGCUUUCCCACUCCCUUCCCCCCUUCAUCUUAUUUCUUUGUCUGCUUUUGUUUCUUGUAAAGGAAAAUAAAAUGCAUUUUAAAUA